UUGCAAAUAAUUGACACUGAACAAAUUAAAAAAAUUGGAGAUUGGUUUCGAGAUCGAACCAUUUACCUAUUUACGAAAAAGAUUUAAAACACAGCCAUGUCAGAUUCAGAUGCAUGGAGCGAUAUCCAAGCUAUCAAAAGCAAACAAAGUAGCCUUAGAGCUAAAAUGCUCCAGAGACGAAAAGAAAGAGAGGGAAUUGCAGCCGAAAUAACCAAGUCUAGCAUCUCACCAACAACAAGUAGUGAAGAUACAAAGAGCCAAUCAGAAUCAUCCAGCCCUGUUAAAGCAAUACCAUCUACUUCCUCCAGUCCAGUAAAGUCCAUACAGACUGCCGAACCUACAAAGAUAGACCCUGUCUUAGAGAAGAAAGUCAUGUUGGCCCUCUGUGACAUAGACCUAGACAUACCCUGUAGUUCUAGUGUUAUAGCCGAACAUUCAUCUAAAAUACUCAAACAGACUGUUAAACUUGAUGUCGUGGAAGAAUUACUUAAAAAAUUUGCUGGACAACAGCUGAUUAAUAUAACAGUGAAAGAAGACAGCUCAGAAGAUGAACAAGGCAAAAUAACAGUCAAUAGUAUGGAUAUAACUAAGUUAUCUGCAAUGACGAAAGAAAGUGAUGACAAAGUAUCAAAGAAACGGAAACAUGAAGGAGAUAGUAGUUCUGAAGAACCAGGAGGAAAACAAUCCAAAGCUAAAGAUAACAGCAUUGAGAGUCUUUUGUCAAUGGAGUCAGCCAAAGAGAAGGAAAAUAAAAAGUUGAAUGAAGAAAUAUUAGAAUUGUUGGAUAAGCCCACAGCAAAGGAACAGUUCCUGACUCAGAGGUUCAAAUCUCAAGGAGGUGCCCAACUGAAGGAAUUUUGUCAGUUUGGAACUAGAGAAGAAUGUUCCAGAUCAAAGGAAUCAUCAAAGCCGUGUAAAAGACUUCAUUUCAGAAAAAUCAUCAACAAACACACAGAUGAAUCCCUGGGUGAUUGUUCUUUCCUGAACACUUGUUUCCAUAUGGACACAUGCAAGUAUGUACAUUAUGAGGUUGAAUACCAAGCUAAGUUAGGACUUACCAAAGAAUUAGCUGUCACAAAGAAAGUAGAAAAUACUGACGUACAAAUGUUUCCACCUCAGUGGAUUCAGUGUGAUCUUCGAGUUUUUGACAUGUCAGUGCUGGGUAAAUGUGCCGUUAUCAUGGCUGAUCCACCGUGGGAUAUCCACAUGGAAUUACCCUACGGAACAAUGCAGGAUGAUGAAAUGAGAAAGUUACCUGUCCCAGCUUUACAAGAUGAUGGAUAUAUAUUUUUGUGGGUCACAGGAAGAGCUAUGGAAUUAGGAAGAGAAUGUUUGGAUCUGUGGGGAUAUACAAGAAUGGAUGAAAUAAUAUGGGUGAAAACCAAUCAACUACAGAGAAUAAUAAGGACAGGAAGAACUGGUCAUUGGCUGAAUCAUGGAAAAGAACAUUGUCUGGUUGGUGUAAAAGGAAAUCCUAAAGGUGUAAAUUGUGGUUUGGACUGUGAUGUUAUUGUAGCAGAGGUAAGAGCUACCAGUCACAAACCUGACGAAGUGUAUGGUAUGAUAGAGAGGUUGUCUCCAGGGACAAGGAAAGUAGAGCUGUUUGGUCGGCCACAUAAUGUACAGCCUAACUGGAUAACACUAGGUAAUCAGACAGAGGGAGUGAGAUUGAAGGAUCCCGAUAUUGUGGCCAGAUUUAAAGAGCGAUACCCAGAUGGUAACUGUAUGGAACCAGCAAAACCUAGAUAGUGAAUGAUACAGACAUAAAAAUACUGGAACAAUUUGUGGAACAGCUUUAUUGUGUUCAAAUGAUUCCAACAAUAUAGCAUGUACUUGAAGUUCAAGACCUGUUUUUAUGCCCCACCUACGAUAGUAGAGGGGCAUUAUGUUUUCUGGUCUGUGCGUCCAUCCGUCUUUACGUCUGUCCGUUCGUUCGUUCGUUCGUUCUUUCGUUCGUUUGUUCAGGUUUAAGUUUUUGGUCAAGGUAGUUUUUGAUGAAGUUGAAGUCCAAUCAACUUGAAACUUUGUCCACAUGUUCCUUAGGUUAUGAUCUUUCUAAUUUAAAUGCCAAAUUGUAUUUUUAUCCCAAUUUCACGAUCCACUGAACAUAGAAAAUGAUAAUGGGAGUGGGGCAUCCAUGUACUAUGGACACAUUUUUGUUUAUAGAUGUCACAAGCUGAGUUAAAUAGGCUUGGAGGAAACACCUGAUAAACAUGUGCAAUAUUACAGCAUUGGAUUUCAAUUCAUUAAAGAAAUAAGAGAAAAUAGUGCUUCAUAAAACAGUUGAAUAAAUUUUUAAUAUUUUGUAUGAUAAUUGUAUUACCUUGUCUAGUGUAAAUGUGCCUGGCCCAGGUCAUGAACCUCAGUCGUAUUUGGUUUGUGGAACAAGUGUUAUUUGUUUUCCAAAUAGAAAAUAAUCUGUUUUUAAUUGUGUAAAUGAAAUUAUUGUUAAAUGAAAUAAUUUAUUAAUUCUAAAAGGGAUAUAUUGUAAAGUACUAAAUGGC